AUGACUAAGGCUUGGCGGAAACGCUGGUUUGUGUUACGUCAAGGCCGGAUGAGCGGCAACCCGGAUGUGCUGGAAUAUUAUCGGAACAGUCAUUCCAAGAAGCCUAUCCGCGUGAUCGAUCUGAACGAGUGUGAAGUGGUGAAACACUCGGGGUCCAACUUGAUCAAGAAGGAGUUUCAGAACAACUUCGUUUUUGUUGUGAAAACAACCUACCGCACCUUCUACCUGGUGGCCAAAUCGGAAGAGGAAAUGCACGUGUGGAUCCACCACAUAACCCAGAUCUGUAAUUUUGGACACUUGGAAGAUGGGACAGAUUCAGGAGACAGCCUGUCCCACACCACGUCUUCCCCACAACCUUCUCCGGCCAUUUCUGCCCACGCAACGAGGACUGCAAGUUCUUCUCUUUCGGCUGACCACGCCACCGCCGAUGCUGCAGCAGCCGAGGAGACGGCCAGCGAGUCGGAAUCUGUCUUUCUGCCUGACUAUCUCUUUUUAUCCAACUGUGAGACCGGAAAACUCAGCCACAUUAGGUGCCACAGUUGGUCCAAUUCUGACCGCUCUCUGGAGAGGACGUUAUCGGAUGAUGUCUUCUUUGACUUCGUGGCUUCUCAGUCCUCCCUGUGCUUACAGCUUUCUGGUGGGCUGCUUCAAGAGAUGGUCCAGCCAACGAUUCAUGGCAUCCUUCCAAGGAACGCGGACUCAAGUGGGCCUCCUUCUAGUGACUUCUCUUCUUCCUCGCCCCUGUCAGGGCCUCCUGCAACACCAACCAUCCUAGCAGAAAAAAGCCAGAAUACUCUUCCCUAUGGCUUUACCGAACUUGAGAUUUGGGCUAAGAUUCCCCCGCCCAGGCCACCAAAGCCAUCCCACUUGCCAGACCGAAGAGCUGAAGAGCAGGCUGGUGGGGUCCUUCAGAACGGACACGCAAGGAUCUCCAGCUCUCCGGGGACCUUCGUUCCAAGGAGGAUCUCCCUCUCGGGAUUGGACAGCAUGAAAGGUUGGAGAGCCGACGUGGAAGAAAAUUCUUUACGACGCAGGGAUAAGAGGUUGAGCUUGAACUUGCCUUGCCGAGUGAGCCCUCUCUAUUCCUGCUCGUCAAACAACUCCGAAGACAGUUACGUUCCCAUGCAUCCACGCGCCUCCCCACCUGUCCCCGGAACUGACUGCACACCUGAUGGCUACAUUCCCAUGAACCCAGGACCGGCUACUUUUGCUCUCGCUGAAGUUAGCACAGACAAGCUCACCAGCCCCUUGCCUGAACUGCCCACCGACUUGGAACCCCCUCCGGUCAACCGGGAUCUUAAGCCUCGGACAAAAUUCCGACCGCCUCCGCUGGACCUACGAAAUCUUUCCACCAUCAGAGAACAUUCUGCCUUAACCAGGACGUGGACUGUGCCUUACAAUCGAACAAGCUUUAUCUCUCCAGAAAGAGACUGCAUUAAUUCAGCGAGGAUAUUUGCUGCCUCGGUUUCCGGAGAAGAGGAAGGAAGUUACAUUGAAAUGAAACCUUUCCUCUCGGAAGAACAACGAGUGGACUACGUUCAGGUAGACGAGCAAAGAACUCAAGCUCUGCAAAACACGAAACAGGAAUGGACAGAUGAGAGGCAAUCCAAAGUGUGAAGAAGAGAAGGCACGGAUUGGUCCCUUGGUU